ACAUAUGCAACAAUUUAGGACUUAUCACAUUAAUAUUUUAUUUCUGUCCUCACAUGGCAACUGGAUUCCUCAUUCUCAUCUCAUUCAAAUCCUCACAUACAGACACAUAUUCAUUCAUAUAGAUAUACAGGCCCAGAGGUCAAGACUCCAUAGUCAGACCAACUUUUCAGAAAUAUCUUUUUGCUCUGAAGCCAAAGUUAGAGUCUUUGAUGGGCAGUAAGCUUCUUCUCCUGGUUCAUCCAUGGCGAACGCUCUUACUCCCUUCACUUUUUUGACUCUUUACAGACUACCCAUUACAGGGCUUCACCUCCUCCUCAUCUUCCUCCAUACUCUCUUAUAGUUCUUGAUUACCGUUAUUUUUCAAGAAGAUUUUGAUCUUAUCUUAUUAAGUAUUAUAUUCCUUUUUAUUUUUCUUGAAAAAUUGAAAUCAAAACAAACCAGCCCAUUUACCCAAAAAAUUCCCUUUUUUCUCCUGGGAUUGUUCAUUGGGUCUGAAAAGGUGGGAAAAUACAAACACUUUAAUUUUUUUUAUCUUCUAUUGAAUCGAGAAUUACUGGGAAAACGAUGGCAUCGGUGUUUCUAUACCAUGUGGUGGGCGAUCUGACGGUGGGGAAGCCGGAGAUGGUGGAGUUUUGUGAGACGGAGACUGUAGAGGCGGCGAUACAGGCGAUUGGAGAGUCGACGGAGGCCGGAAUAGCUGUGUGGAAGAAGAGAUCAGUGGUGGGUGUGAUCGAGAAUAAUGAAAUGAGGCAGCAGAGGUUCGUGGGUAUACUCAAUUCUCUUGACGUUGUUGCUUUCUUGGCUAGAAAUGAGUGUUUGGAGGAUCAAGAGAAGGCUAUGAAGACACCUGUUUCUGAAGUUGUUGUGCCGAGUAAUUCUUGCUUGAGACAAGUUGAUCCCGCCACAAGAUUGAUUGAUGCACUGGAGAUGAUGAAGCAAGGAGUGAAGCGUCUUCUGGUUCGAAAGAGUGUGGUUUGGAAAGGCAUGAGCAGGCGAUUCUCGAUUCUCUAUAAUGGUAAGUGGCUCAAGAAUGUUGACACCACUGGUGGCAGUAAUAACAACCUUUAUCACAAUCCAAAUUGGCCCUCAUCUUCCACAACAACAUCCCGUGACAAAUUCUGCUGUCUAUCAAGAGAAGAUGUUAUCCGUUUUGUCAUCGGUUGUCUUGGUGCCCUAGCACCACUUCCUCUCUCGUCCAUCUCGUCCCUUGGAAUCAUCAACCCAAACUACAACUCAAUUGAAGCCUCCUCCCCAGCCAUUGAAACCACCGAGAAUAUUCCAAGAGACCCCUGCGCCAUUGCUGUCGUGGAACGUAUGUAUGGUGAUCAGUGUAAGAUCAUUGGUGAGAUCUCUGCCUCUAAACUCUGGAAAUGUGAUCAUUUAGCUGCUGCUUGGGCUUUAGCCAACUUUUCAGCUGGACAGUUUGUUAUGGGAGUUGAGGAUAAUGUGUCCUCAAGGUCACAAGAUUUCUGUUUGAAACCAGAUGUUGGCAACAACAGUCAAGCUAAUGGAGGUGGAUCUACAAGAGCCAGAAAGUUUAGUAGCAGAAGUAUGGGGUUUAAUCCCGGGAACUCGAGUUUUGGCAUUAGUAGGAGCAUGUACAGGGGAAGAAGUGCACCCUUAACUUGCAAGGUCACCAGCUCAUUAGCUGCAGUCAUGGCUCAAAUGCUGUCCCACAGAGCAACUCAUGUGUGGGUGAUUGAGGAUGAAAGCGAGGACGUUUUGGUUGGUGUGGUGGGUUAUGCGGACAUCAUGGCAGCUGUGACAAAACAACCGGCUGCUUUUGCUGUGGCAAGUCGACCUUGUGAGGGGGGAAUUGUUAAUGAAAUUCAAACUUGAUUUGUCUGUUUGGUUGUUAUUAUUUUAAUUGUUAGCCUAGUAAGUACCAAAGUACUACUUUUAAACUUUUCCAACCAAACAUUCUUGUUUAAAAACUCAGUACUUUGAACUUCCUAUUGUACUUCUAGGCCCCCUGCAACUUCUACUGGUUGUGGCGGUAUGAAUAGUGUUUGGGCUUGUCUGUCGUGGUAUUUAUAAGAUCUUCAUAUUCUUAUGAUUAUUGUAAUGACUAGUGGUGUUAUAAAUAAAGGUUUUGUUAUCUUAUAA